AUGGCAUCCAUCGCUUCCCUCCUCAAUCCUGAGCCCGAGAAGCGAGAGAGAUAUCGUCAGCAACUCCCCACACCGUGCCCCAGUCGGUUUGCCAGAGACUACCGCCAGUCACCGCCUCCAAGGCAAAAGAAACAGAAGAUUUCGAAGGAUGCAGCAGUCUUCACCAGGGGGAGAGUACGGGGGGAGUUAAGAUAUCCUCCAUGCGAGCAUCAGAGUAAAGAGCUUGCAGAAGCGCAUAGAGAAUUUCAGAUUCACCCCAUGGGCCAUAUAAUUGAGUAUCCGAGGCAUAUACCGUAUAACAGCGAAAAAAAAUCAUUUCUGGAGGAGACUGGGCGGGAAAGUUUUGAAGUGUUUCAAUACACGUUCAAAGUUCCUGGUGACGAGAAGACGUACACCGUUAUGUGGGACUACAACAUCGGUCUGGUCCGAACUACCUCCCUCUUCAGAUGCAAUAACUAUUCAAAGACAGCCCCAGCGAAGAUGCUGAACGCAAACCCUGGCCUCCGUGAAAUCUGUCAUAGUAUUACAGGGGGAGCACUCGCAGCUCAAGGGUAUUGGAUGCCAUUUGAGGCCGCCAAGGCAGUCGCAGCCACGUUCUGCUGGAAAAUCCGCUAUGCCCUGACACCACUUUUUGGCGUUGAGUUUCUGUCCAUUUGCAUUCCCCCAGAGGACUCUAGAUUUGGCCGCAUGGUCAUCGACCCUUCUAUUGUGAGAGAUGCUACAAAUUCGGCAAGAAAAUAUCGACUCCUCGAAGGCCGCAACGUCAUGUCAAGAAAAAAUCCCCUUGACUCUUACCGGCAGCCAACUGCGAACACAACCCGAUGGAGCAAGAAAAAACUUCGCCCAAAACUUGCUCCUGCUCGAGAAGCGGGAGUUGGACUUGGAGCUGGGGUUGGAGAGGAUAGGGAAUAUAUAAUCGACACUGACACGAGCGACGCAUUGUGUCUCUCUCCGUCAAAGCCGCGAAUGAAUAUCUGCGCUCCAGCGAGCACACCUAGGACUCCUGGUACUUUCCGGUGCAAAAUACCCUCCCCCCAUGAAAUACUCGCGUCUCUUAACAACCUACAGAAUAAUAGCUCAAAGUGGGCAAAUAAAAUGCAUCAAGAUGCAGACCUGGGGACAGAGCCUAAGUCUGAGGUUUCAACAGCCAGCUCGCCUGCGGAGCUAGUAACACGAGACGACUCUCAUCAUGAUACGGACAAUGAGAGCAACGAUGAGGAUGGCGAGCGUGACAUCGGCGCUGAAGCUGACCCCAAAACCGAACAUAGACGCGAGUUUGGAGGUUCAUUAUUUGAUAUCUCUGAUAAAGAAAAGCAGGAAGCUUAUCGUGCCAAACGGCGAAGCUCCCCGUUACCACUCACAAACGAUGCAAGGGCUGCGUAUAUGCUUAUGAGACUGCAUAUGCAGGAUGUGGUGAGCACGGACUACCAGAAGAGGCGGCGUGCUUCGGCCUAG